UGGAGGGAUGUGACGCCAGGCAGCGCUCGGCAUUGUGGGAGCGCGCCGCCAGCCCGUCCAGCCGUUCCCGUUGGCCCCGCGGGCGGAGCGCAGGCAGCGGGAGCGGGGCCGCCGCCGCCGGGAGACAUCUUGGUGCCGCCGCCGGGAGCCGCGCUAGUGCUGUUCCAGACCCAAUACAGACAAAAUGUCCAGCAGGGGAGGGAAGAAGAAGUCAACCAAGACUUCACGCUCUGCAAAAGCUGGGGUUAUAUUCCCUGUUGGAAGAAUGCUCCGUUACAUUAAGAAAGGCCAUCCGAAGUACAGAAUUGGUGUUGGUGCUCCAGUGUACAUGGCUGCUGUACUGGAAUAUCUGACUGCGGAAAUUCUGGAGCUGGCUGGAAAUGCAGCAAGGGACAACAAGAAGGGUCGAGUCACUCCGAGACACAUCCUGUUGGCUGUAGCAAAUGAUGAGGAAUUAAAUCAGCUGUUGAAAGGGGUCACCAUAGCCAGUGGUGGAGUGUUGCCCAAUAUUCACCCAGAGCUGUUGGCAAAGAAGCGGGGCUCAAAAGGAAAACUGGAAGCCAUCAUCACUCCACCUCCAGCAAAGAAGGCAAAGUCUCCAUCACAGAAAAAAACUGUAUCAAAGAAAACAGGUGGAAAGAAAGGAGCAAGGAAAUCCAAGAAGAAGCAGGGAGAAGUGAGCAAAUCAGCCAGUGCUGACAGCACAACAGAGGGAACUCCUGCAGAUGGCUUCACGGUCCUGUCUACAAAAAGUCUGUUUCUUGGCCAGAAGCUGAACCUUAUUCACAGUGAAAUCAGUAAUUUAGCCGGCUUCGAGGUGGAGGCCAUUAUCAAUCCUACCAAUGCUGACAUUGACCUUAAAGAUGACCUAGGAAGCACUUUGGAAAAGAAAGGUGGCAAGGAGUUUGUGGAAGCUGUCAUUGAGCUUCGGAAAAAGAACGGGCCCUUGGACAUAGCUGGAGCUGUUGUCAGUGCUGGCCAUGGAUUGCCUGCAAAAUUUGUGAUCCACUGUAACAGCCCAGGCUGGGGCUCAGACAAAUGUGAGGAGCUGCUGGAAAAGACGGUGAAGAACUGUUUGGCUCUGGCUGAUGAAAAGAAGCUGAAAUCAAUUGCGUUUCCUUCAAUUGGCAGUGGCAGAAACGGUUUCCCAAAGCAAACGGCUGCGCAGCUGAUCCUGAAAGCCAUCUCCAGCUACUUUGUGUCAACAAUGUCCUCCUCAAUCAAGACGGUGUACUUUGUGCUCUUUGACAGUGAGAGUAUAGGGAUAUACGUGCAGGAAAUGGCCAAACUAGAUGCCAACUGAGCACAGAAAGCUGCAGUACCAGCCCCUUCCUACCCUUCCUCUUCUCCAAAACCUUAACUCAUUGUGAAGCAGAGCAUCCCUUAUUUUAAAUUUUGCUCAUCUAGGGAAAUAAAGGUGGUUUUUUGGAUUUAUUUUAGUUUUGUUUUUUUACUUUCUAAGAUGUUUUAUGUUGGCACUGAUAGUUGGCAUUACUGCUGUUAAUGCACUGUACCCCAGGCAUUGUCUGAACUUAGUGUAAUCUAGGAGAUUUUAUAGUUUUAUUUUAAUGAAGUAUGGAUCGAAGCAGGAAGCUGUUAGGAAAACGUAGUCUUUUACUUGUGAAAGAAACAGGCCGACCCUAUUUUGUAACUGUGUUGUGGUGCUUUAUCAAUACAUCGAGUGGCGUUCCUUUCAUUUUUUAAAAGAACAGAUGCUAUAAACCUAAUUUGUGUUUGUUUAUUGUCUUAAUGAUAAAUCUGGAAAAAAAAAAAGAUACAGAGACCCUCUUGUCCUUAAUUAUAUUUACAAUUUUGAAAUCGUGUGAAUUGAUUUAGUAAAAUGUUUGAACUGUU